AUGGAGAAAGCAGCAGAACGUAGGAGAAUGCAAAAUCGUCUGGCCCAGAGGAACCACAGCUCUCGGCUAACGUUCGGUUUUAUGAGCUAUGGAGGGGAAAAUAUGAAGAAAAGAAUCACCAAUCUAGAGAAAACAAACGAGUACCUUGUGUCAAAAAUAUUCAAGGAGAACGUGGCCUCCAACCCCAACACAGCCAACCAAACAAUCGAUAUCGAACAGUUUCUCCAUGAAGACAGCAAUGAGCAAUUCUACCCACUCCCAGUAGCAAUCAAUACCGAGCUAUCAAAGACUAAUACCCCAAAGAUCUCAUCGACAUUGGACAGUCACGCUUUCACUGGUGAGUCCAGUCUCCUAGACCGUUAUUGUAACCCUAUUCCCCAGGAUGGCGAUGACAAUCAAACAGCAGCAGUCACAUUAGAUACGCCAGCCAACAUAGGCAAUGUACAAUAUCACAGCAAAUCUAGCGAGGACAGGUCCAGUGUGUUCAAUACGUCGCAGGAUCGUAUACAGGAGGCCCUUAGGGUGGCCGUGGCCAAUUCCCACAUUGAAUGCGUUGAUGUUUUGCUUCGUUCCGGUGCCAAUGUUGAUCAGGUAGACAAUAAUGGCCGGUCUCUGCUUCACCUAUGUUCUGAGACAGGAAAUGCUAUCGUUGCCCAAUAUUUGGUACGAAACGGAGCCAAUACCGAAGUUCGAGACCGCUGGGGUCUGACACCAUUAUUGCUGGCUGCUCAUACUGGCUCCGCUGAGGUGAUCAAAAUCCUGAUUGAAUAA